AGAGUCCGAGGAUAAGACGCUUUGGGUUAUUUCUGUCGCGUAGAUUGUAUUAACGGAGUAUAUUUACUUGAAUAAUUCUAUCUAUUAAUUUAACACACCCCGAGGCACUAAUCAACUGAUUAAAUCUAUUAUUUCAACGAAUAAUAUAUCAAACUUCGUUAUUUACUCCACUUGCGGGUGCAAAGUGUCAAAUUAAUUUUGUGAUUGUGAUUGUUAUUGAAAUUAGUUCAAACUAUAACAAUGAUCGUGAUUAUGGAUUGUUUUCUGCAAUAGCGGAUGUGUUGGAUCACUUUUGUCUUCAUAAUACAUUAGAAUCUUCAAUUUUUGUUUAAAAAAUAUAUUAUAUAUUAUAUUAUUCCAAGACUUCGUGUUUAUUUUGGAGUGAGAAUCCCUGCUAAGCGUCUUGUUUUGAACGCUUGAACGUCACUUUAGUGACAAAGAUAAAAAAAACUGAAGUUAUUUUGGCGCUCAUUUAACCAAUUCACUUAUCUAGUUCAUUUUCUAAUCUUUUGUGUACUCAAUUUGUGUAUUGACAAUUGAAACUUAAAUUUAUAUUAUUUAAGGCAUUUUAACUAGUGAUUCUGUAAUGUACCGAAAGUGUAACACAGAAGAAUACUCAGUCACAUCAACAAUUAAACUCGUACACUCGAAACGAAAAGGAAUCUUCAUAAAAAAAAUGCUAAAAAAUCCUAAAAGUCUCAGAAGUAGAAUAAGUUUUAAACUUCGCUGGGACUGAAUUACUUGAAAAUAUAAAUAAAUUAAAAAUUUCAACAAAUUUACGUGAGUUUCAUUCUUGAAAUCUUAAAAGAGCUGAUACCUCUUUUUGAGACAAUUAAAAUGUUGAAGUCAUAUUAAGUUUAUCUUGAAGAUAUAUUAAAAGAUCGUAAUCAACAUUUUGCUGCUGACGAUUCUGUUAAUUUAUUUAUUUAGCCAAAGUUCAUAAUAUCAAGAUGAAGUUGUUAGAAAGUACAAGAUUCGAAGCCAUAAACAAUGCACUUUGUAUUAAAACUGGAGAUAGUAAAAUCAUUGGAAGAAUUGAAAGUUACUCUUGCAAAAUGGCUGGGAAUGAUAAACAAUUGUAUAAAAGAUUUAAUGCAGAGCAAGGAGUUACUCCACACGACCUUCAAGCUUUAUCACCACCACAAACAUCUCUUGGCACUUCACCAGCUCAAUCUUACUUUAGUAAAAGUAUAUCUGGGGAUGAAGAAGGACCAUUAUGUGAUACAAUCAGUCGCAAAACAUUAUUUUACUUAAUCGCAACAUUGAAUUCAGCAUUUCAUCCAGAUUAUGAUUUUUCUGAUGCUAAAAGUCACGAAUUUAGCAAAGAACCUAGUUUACAAUGGGUGAUGAAUGCAGUUGACAGUAAUUUAAGUGCGACAGCAGGAGACCAUUAUCGUACUUUAAGAUCAGCAUUGUGGGCUGCUGUAGAGGAUGAAAUAUCAAUGAGCGAAUGUGAUAUUUAUAGUUACAAUCCAGACUUGGCUUCAGAUCCAUUCGGAGAAGAUGGAUGUUUAUGGUCAUUCAAUUAUUUUUUUUAUAAUAAAAAAUUAAAACGAAUUGUUUUCUUCACUUGUAGAGCAAUCAACCCUCUUUACGUACUAGAUUCUGGAGUCGGAAGUGAUUUUGCUAUGGACGAAGAUGAUGAUGAUGAUCAUUAUUAGAUCAAAAAUAAUACUUUGAUUGAAACUAAUUAAUUAACUUUACAUAUAGUUGAACAAUAUAAAAAAUAGCUGCAGAUAAAUAGUUUGUUCUUCAGCAUCAAUAAUUACAACAUAAAUAAGUAAUAUUUAAUAACAUUUUAUCCGAAAUUUGUGAAACCCAAUCAAUGUUUAGUUCUUAUUGUCAAUCAAUAAUUUAUAUUAAUGAAUUUACUAUUAAAUAUCUGCUUAAAAGUUUCAAUUAAAUGCCCUUCUAGAACAGUUAUUUUUAUGGAAAAAAUUACAAUUUUGGAGUUAUCUUUUUAAGAAUUCAAGUAUUCUAUACUAGAUAUGGAUAUAGUCCUUCAUAUCAAUAUGAUAUAAAAAUCUAUCGAUUACAGUUUCUAGCUUAUUAAAAUUAGGAUCUCAUGUGUAGUUUUUGUAAGUGAUAAACCUGGGCGAUUAUUAUUGUUAUGGUUUAAACAAUCAAGUACUAAUCAAAUCAUACUAGUAUUAAGACUUUUUCGUGUUUAACUUUAAGAAUUAUUUAUAAAAUUGCUACAAGAGAAAUAAAAAAUGUACUACAGAUGCUAUUAAACUA